AAUAUGAAUAGAUCUGAUAAGAUGUUCUGUUUCCAAUGUGAACAAACACAAAAUGGUACUGGUUGCACAACUGUUGGUGUUUGCGGUAAGACACCAUCAGUUGCUGCAUUGCAAGAUUUAACCAUUUAUCAAACUCGUCAAUUGUGUGCUUUGGCUACUUUGGCCAAGAGACAAGGAUCUGUUGUUCCUUCAUUGAUGGAAAAGGUUGAUGACUUUGUUUUGAGAGCCAUGUAUAGUACUUUGACUAAUGUCAAUUUUGAUGAACUCAGAUUUGUCGAAUUUUUGAAGGAAGGUUCUGAAUUGACUCAACAAGUCAAGAAGGAAAUGUUAGGUGGAAAGAUUCCACAAGAAUUCUCUGAAUUGCUCACUGUCACUGAAACUGAUGCUCAAUUCGAUGCCAUCUUGAGUCAAGCUACUUCUGCCACAGAUGAAGCUACUGGAAAAUUGAUUGAUAUGGGUAAAUCUGUUGGUGUUCAACCACAUCACAAACAUUAUGGAGCUGAUACUAAUGCUCUCCGUGAAUUGCUCCAAUAUGGUCUCAAGGGUUUGUGUGCUUAUACUAAGGAAGCUUCUCUCUUGGGUAAGAAUGAUGCUGCUGUUGUCAAUGAAUUCAUUAGAACUGCCAUGUGUACUUUGGCUGGUGUUUCACCUGAUGGUAAGGUUGACCCAUACAAUGCUAAUGAUAUCAUUGGUAUGGCAUUGAAGUGUGGUGAAGUCAACGUUAGAACUAUGCAAUUGAUGGACGAAGGUGCUUUUGAACGUUUUGGUCAAAUGGCUCCAAACAAUGUUAGAACUACUCCACUCCCAGGUAAAUCAAUCUUGGUUUCUGGUCACGAUAUGGGUGAUUUGUUGGCCAUUUUGAAGCAAACUGAAGGAAAGGGUAUCAAUGUUUACACUCACGGUGAAUUGUUGCCAGCUCAUGGUUAUCCUGAGCUCAGAAAGUUCAAACACUUAGUUGGUAACUAUGGUGGUGCUUGGCAACAACAAAAGAUUGAAUUCUCCAACUUUAAGGGUGCUAUUGUCAUGACUACUAACUGUAUCAUUGAACCAAGAAAGCAAUAUAAGGAUAGAAUCUUCACUACCUCAGUUGUUGGUUGGCCAGGUGUCACUCACAUUAAGAAUAGAGAUUUCUCUGCUGUUAUUGAAAAGGCUUUGGCUACAGAAGGUUUCCCAGAAUCAUUUGCCAAUGAAAAGGUUGAACAUGUCACAACUGGUUUCGGUCAUCGUACAGUUUUGAGUCUUGCUGAUGUUAUUGUUAAUGCUGUUAAGAGAGGUGAUAUUAAGAGAUUCCAUCUUAUUGGUGGUUGUGAUGGUACUGAAGGUGAAAGAUCAUACUAUAAGAAUAUUGCUACAUCCCUUCCAAAGGAUAACGUUAUCCUCACUUUAGGUUGUGCCAAGUACAGAUUCAACAAGAUUGACUUUGGUACUAUUACUACUCAAGAUCCAAAGACUAAUUCUGAUGUUGCCUUGCCAAGAUUGUUGGAUGUUGGUCAAUGUAACGAUGCUUAUGGAGCUGUAGUUAUUGCUAGUGCUUUGGCUGAAGCUUUCGGUACUAAGGAUCUCAACCAAUUGCCACUCAACUUUGUUAUUUCUUGGUUCGAACAAAAGGCUGUUGUUAUUUUCUUGACAAUGCUCCACCUUGGUUUGAAGAAUGUCAGAAUUGGUCCAAACUUGCCUGCCUUUAUUCCUCCAUCCACUCUCCAAUUCCUCGUUGAAACCUUCAAGUUACAUCCAAUCAAUGCUAAGGAUCCUGUUGCUGAUAUGGAAAUGAUGCAAAAGGGACUUUAAAUUGC